UAGUGGUAGUCUUGUGUCUCUUCUCUUGCCUUGGUCUUCCCUCAUAAAUGCAAGAGCUGUGACUUCUUUUCUAUCGUUUUCAACUUUAAUUAUUUUUUAAAUAUAAAAAUACUGAAAAUUAUUUGAUUAAAUUGUGCCGAAAUGAUUAAUCAUUUCCACAAAAUCAUUUUCAUUUACCAAGUGAAUCGCAAUAAUUGUGAAUUUAGUCCGUUUCCGUAGUUGGGUAGUAGUUUUGAGUGUGCAUCAUUUAUUCUUGAAGAAGCAAGUGAGGCCGAGGCGACAAUCGACAACGACUACGACCGACAACCGACGACGACGUCGACAUUGAACGUAAGAAGCCCGUCGUGUGGUGGUUGGCUGUGAACCCGUUCUGAGAAAGUUUUAUGUGAUCUAUCAUCAUCGUCAUCGUUUACAAUUUUUUUUAUUUUAGUGAAGAAAAACGUCGAUUAUUAUUAUCAAUCCCGCGGAACAAUAUUUGUUAAAAUAUUUAUUUAAUUAUAUUUAACACAGCGACGCGCUGCUGCAUUCUAUAGCUAGUUUAAUUUAUAUACAUAUAAUUUAUAUAGAAUUUAUCAUAAUUAAAAAAUAAAAACCAGAAAUUAUUUCGCGAGAUUCAAAAGAAAGUAGAUGACUUAGCAAAAGGAGCAAAACAUUAUAAGUCCAUCAUACAAGCAAUUGAAUAGAAGCUAUCACCCAAGUGUGUAGCACUAUCACCCUAAACACUAACUCCUAACGUUAGUUAAGUAGAAAGGACACGAAUUUGCACUGCUGCUGCUGCUUUCCGAACAAAAAAUGGACGAAUCACACCCAAAAACUCUGUAUGUGGGCAAUUUGGACUCUUCGGUGUCUGAAGAUCUUCUGGUUGCCCUAUUCGGACAAAUGGGACCAGUUAAAAGUUGUAAAAUAAUCCGGGAGCCCGGCAACGAUCCGUAUGCAUUCAUCGAAUAUACAACUUAUCAAUCGGCUGCAACAGCAUUGACUGCUAUGAAUAAACGAUUAUUCCUCGAAAAGGAAAUAAAGGUUAAUUGGGCAACAAGUCCAGGCAAUCAGCCAAAGACAGAUAUUAGUUCACAUUAUCACAUAUUCGUUGGUGAUCUUAGUCCAGAAAUCGAAACAGAGACUUUACGUGAGGCAUUCGCACCGUUUGGCGAAAUAUCGAACUGUCGAAUUGUUCGCGAUCCCCAAACAAUGAAGUCCAAGGGAUAUGCUUUUGUUUCAUUUGUUAAAAAAGCAGAAGCAGAAACCGCGAUACAAACAAUGAAUGGCCAAUGGAUUGGAUCGCGAUCGAUCCGAACGAAUUGGUCAACAAGAAAACUACCACCGCCCCGUGAGUCGACUAAAAUCGGUGCAAAUAAGUCCGCUAGUCGGCAGACAUUCGAAGAUGUAUACAAUCAAUCUAGCCCUACAAAUACGACAGUCUACUGUGGUGGAUUCCCGCCGAACGUUAUUAGCGAUGAGCUAAUGCACAAACAUUUUAUGCAAUUCGGUCAAAUACAAGAUGUACGAGUGUUCAAGGACAAGGGAUAUGCGUUCAUUAAAUUUAUGACAAAAGAGUCCGCGACUCGUGCUAUUGAACACACACACAACACCGAAGUACAUGGCAAUCAAGUGAAAUGCUUCUGGGGCAAAGAAAAUGGCGGUGACAAUUCAAUGAAUGCUACAGGUGCUGCGAUUAUAGGCCCUGGAGGUGUACCAUCGCAGCAAGCAACACUACCAGGUCAGGUUAUUACACCACAAGCUGCUGCCCAAUAUCCAUAUGCGGCAGCGUACCAACAAAUGGGUUACUGGUACCCACCAGCGGGAUACCCAGCUCAAAUGCAAACUCAAUACAUGCAGCAAGGAUAUUAUCCAUAUGCCUAUGCAGCCAGCGCUCAACAAGGAGAUGUACUUACUUUAAAUGAUCUAAUUUUAGCAUCUUAUCGCAUGGUACAGCCAAAUGUCGCAUGGGGUGUUCCAGGUGCAGUAGUACCAGGGGUGACUGCGGCUGCGUCGGCAGCAGCCGCAAACGGUAGUCUUGGACCUCAAAUGAUGUACAGUGCCGCAAUGCCACAAUAUCAAACGCAAUGAGAUUGAGAUGAUAGGAUCAACAUCAAUAGCUGCCGCCCGAGCAGCAGCAGUUUAUCCUCAUCCUCGUCAUCAUCAUCAUCUGUUAUUCCUGGAUUGGAUGCGUGCAUAACAGAAAUUCACUCAUUCUAUUCCAAUAAUAAUAAUGAGCAAACAAUUCCAACAACAAUUACAAACAUAUUGAAAUUUCCCUAUACAUAGCAUCAAAUAUAACAAAAAAAAAAUACUUUUUGAUCUUACACAAACACAAACACACCUACACAAACACACACACACAUACACAUUACAUUUCCUAAAACAAACAAACAAACAAAACAACAACAAAAUACAUUCUGCUACCACUCACCCACACAAAACAAAGAAAAAAACAAAAUCUGAUGUGCGCCGCCAAGCCGCCCAAACCAUAGAAGUUUAAGGUCGUUAUUAAUGAAAAUUUUUAAAUUAUAAUUCAAAACUAAAAGAAAAACAAAACAAAGAAUAUAAAAAUAAAAAUGCAAAACGAAUAUGUAAUUUAUAAUGAAACAAAGGAAAAACAAAAAAAAAACAAAAGGAAGUAUAACACGGUGUAACGUAAACCAAUAUUGCAAAAUAUUGAAAGAGAUGAUAAUGUAAAAUACAAAUAAAAUAAAACAUAUUUUUUAAUGGUUUUUGAUUAUAAAGGAAUGUAAAACCAGAACAAAAUAUAGAUUUAAAAAAAAAUAAAUAAUUUAAUUAAA